CCCAGUUGUGUUUUCUGCUUGAUCGAUGACAACAUUGAUUUUCAUUCUGGUUGUCGUCUACUGAUUCAGGUGAAAAGUUUGCAAAUUUUUCAAGUUUCAAUAAUAAAUACAAGCAAAUAUGUCGCAAGAAGUUGAGGAAACUUUAAAACGGAUUCAGUCACAUAAGGGUGUUGUCGGUACCAUUGUUGUCAAUAAUGAAGGUAUUCCAGUCAAGUCGACAUUGGACAACACGACCACAGUGCAGUACGCCGGACUUAUGAGUCAGUUAUCUGACAAAGCACGUAGUGUUGUGCGUGAUUUAGACCCAUCCAAUGAUCUCACUUUCCUGCGUGUACGUUCUAAGAAACACGAAAUUAUGGUUGCUCCAGAUAAGGACUUCAUAUUGAUAGUUAUCCAAAAUCCAACUGAUUAAUGUGCUUAAGGAUGGUAUGGUCUAAAACAAAAACUUCAGCUACUUACGUAUUCAUUUUAUUAAACCGCGUUGCAGGACAUUCUGCACAAAAAUAUACAAUAUAUUUCUUAAGAUCUGCUUGCAUAUUAUGUGAUUAAACGUUAGUAUUAAUUUUGAUACAAACUUAAUACAGCACAA